UUCAUGAUCAUCAUCACCGACAUAAAGCACGAGACAAACCAGAAGAAGAACGUCCUCCCACGCGCGGCACUGCGUCGAGUGUCGUCGCAUAAUAGGCCUGCAAACUGUCCUCAAUCCUCUCGGUGCUGGUCGACUGCGAGCCGGCCGCCAGAACAGCCCGAUGGCGGUGCGCAUUUCGGAAAACACUCGGCGCGGCGAAAAGGCCUGGAUGCUGGUGGCGCACAUCCUGCUAUGUGCGGCCCCACCCGUCUGCUUCAGCCCGAUCCUGCUGCUGCACAACACGAAGUCCGGGAGCGCGUACUGCCUGCUCGUGGUGCUCAGCAUGUGGCUGCUGCGGCUACUUCCGCUUCCGGUGGCGACGUGCCUGCUCUCGCUGCUGCUGUUUUCGCUGAUUGGCGUUCACACACAGGACGCUGCCGCCGCCGCACACGGAUUCGGGGUUGACUCGGUGCUGCUCAUCGCGUGCUUCUCGCUGUUCGUGGCCGCCGACUCGACGACCUUGUCCCUGCGCACGGCCCUGUGGCUCCUGGGCGCGUCCGGGGCUCGCAUACGGCCCCUCGUGAUCGCUUUCAUGACGGCUUCCUUCCUGGGCGCCCUGGUCCUGCCCGACUUCCUGGUGGCCCUGGUGCUCAGCUCGGUGCUCGAGAAAGCCGUGCUCCACCUGCGAUGCAAGUUCGUCUCGCAGCAGUUUCGAUCGCCGAGCCAGGCAAAGAUGCAAAAUCGCCGGGCCACUCUGUCACCGGUCCACUACGAGCGCCUAGUGCAAGAGAUGGACAGCAUUUUGCAACGGAAGAUCCAAUCCCCACCGCCGCAGAGUGAUAUGGACAGCCCCGACAAGUCUACCGCCACGGCGACCACGCGCAGUCGAAGGGGGCGCGUCGCUCUGCCCAAGAUGGCGUCCAUCAUGGCGGACAUCUGCGGCCAUUUCACGUGCGGCGCCGCCUGGGCUGCGCUGAAGGGCCAGAGCAGUUCGCCCGAUAAGUCGCCCGACCCGACUCCGCCGCAGACGAGCGACGAACAGCACACGCAGGUGACGCUGUCGGUGCGUCCGGAGUCCACCAAGUCGGCAUCCUCGCCUUCCACGUCGACGACGCCGCCUCCUCUCGAGCAGCGGCAGCCGCCGGCCGUCGCCUCGCUCCGCGAAGGCAGCCCCGGUGCUCGGAGCUCUCCGCCGCCGUCGCCGUCUCCCGGCACGAUGCGAAGAAAGUCGUGCCCGCCCUCCACGCUGACGCCCAACGUCACCGAGCGCCUGUCGGACCUGGCGACUCGGAGGUCAGAGCGGGCCAGUACGGGCGAGCUGCAGCGCAGGAGACCCUUGUCGGAUCCCUGGAGCCCGAGUCGCCGUUCUAUCAGGAGUUCGUCGAUGGCGACUCCCACCCGAGUCCGACCCGGAGGCAGCUCUGUGGGCCGCGGCUCGAGCGUCGUGUUUCCCGCCGAAGUGGCGCCCGAGGAGCGUGAGUCGGGAAGCGUCACCGCCAAAAACUUGGCCCCCCACCGGCUCAGGGGACGGCGACUCUCCGCCAUCCAGCAGAUGAACUUCGGUGACACGGCCGACUCUCGGAGCUCAAGGAAAGUGUUGGUGCCUUGGAACUACUCCCGCGAAGACCUGACCCGCACCUCGUCUCGUGCGUCAGAAGAUAUCGAGACGGUCUCAAAUGAUAAGAUGUGUUUCACCAUCAGAAAGACCUUUAUCAUCGGAGUCGUCAUGACUUCGACGCUCGCAUCAGCCUGCGUGAAGUCAACGAGGGCACUCAUUGCAGCAGGUGUUCCCAGGUACUCUUUCAAGGUGAGCGCGCUGGUUGUGCUACCCGUGGCACUGUGCACCACACUGCUCUGUUGGACGGCGCUGUUCUUCGCAUACCUCAGCGAAUAUGACGAACUCGCACCGCGAUCAUCCACCCUCGCCAUUCGUGACGUAAUGCAAGCGAAACUGUGCAGCAUGGGCAAGAUCGAGUUACAGGAACGCUUCUGCUUCGCCAUUUGCUUGGUCGCCACGGUCGCUUGCGCUGUCAUACUAUUCACGAGCCAUGCCGAGUUGGUGACCACCGUGACGCUGGCCGCGUUCGCACUGGUGUUCGGCGUUCCCUGCGUCAGCGGCGUGCCCCUGCGGGACGUGAUCGCCCAGCUGCCCUGGAACAUCAUCCUCAUCCACGGCGGCAGCCGCUGGCUAUCGGCAGCGCUGAGGGACUCUGGGCUGGCAGUGUGGUUGGUGAGCAGCUACACGAACGAGCGAUUUCGCGACAUGUCGGCCACCUGGCAGCUGUUGGUGUUGCUGGCCGUCGCCUCGUUCAUCAACGAGGGCGGAGAGCAGUCUGGCAUGCUCACCGCUCAGCUGGUGCCAAUCAUCUCGGACAUGCCUGUUCCUUCUGCGCAGGUAGCCGAAGCACAACGCGAUCCGCUCUUCUUCGCCGUGCCCGUGGCCGCAACCUGUUACUUGCCCGUGAUCACGCCCAUCGCGCAUCUCGGACUCGUCUUCGUCUACGAGCACACCACCGCCAACGUCGGCGAGAUGGUGCUGCUCGGCCUUUUCCUCAAGGUAAUAACGACAACAGCAUUCACUUUGUCCUCCUCCAUUUACUUCGCGUUCUACCCGACGUCUACAAAUGACACAUUGACUACGUUCGUCACCGACUGACCCGUGCAUCAUUCGGUGACCCACGAAUGACAACGAAAGAACUCUAUAACCUCUUUUUGUGUGUGUAUGUGACUUGCCACUUUGGUUGACUCGUACCCCUGUUUCGCCAACAUCAUCUUCGAAAGCUUGCCGCGACAAGUACGUCCAAGUAGCUUGAAAUACAGGCGUGCACGAACGGACGUUGGCUAAUACGCAGCAAUCUACGUGCUUUCUUUUAAACUGUUUUCGGUAUGUUGUUAGCUAAGGAGAUGCACCGUGCAAUUGUGUUCAACGUACCUAUAGCCAGACGUUGUGCACACUCAACAAGACCGACGUCGCCUUUGUUGGACAUGCGUCUUCGUGGGACCUCAGUACUAUGAACAACGCGAACCGCUGGAAAGGCCCCGGUAUCCACGUACAUGACGGUUCUAAAUGUCUUCGCUCUCGUUUAAGGGCACAAGGUGGAGUUAAGGGCACAAGUUUCAAUACUGGAAACAGACAGCUUUGCUGGUUAUGCUUCUGCAACGCGAUGCAGGAGCGCUAAUGCGGCUGUGCUAUUUAAGUUUUUUUUUUUUCUCUUCAGCACAAUGCGGCAGUAGUGUAUACAAGGAAGUUUAUACUGAAAUGACUGUUACUGUGCUUUUGAUGUUUUGUUGCCACGUUGAUGGCGCGCACCCUGCAGCUUUCGACACUCGCAAGAUUGCAAAUGUAACGCGCAACAGUUAAUCUGAAGAUGUGAAUGUACUAGUGCCAUUGGAGGUAAUCUGUUUUGACGUCCCAUUUUAUAAGUAAUGUACUACUCUGUGUAUGUGUUCAUAUAGAAAAGAUUCAACCAGUGACAUAAUUC